UUAUAAAGACUUGACUUUGACCGAUACCUCGAGAGCACUAUCCUACAUGCGCAUUAAUCUUCUUUCGCAGGCGAGUUUUCACCUUCUGCAAUGGCUUCCAACAAAAUUCAACGCUGCUCUUCCUCACAGACUAAGAAUUUUGAUGUGUUUGUUAGCUUUAGAGGAGAAGAUACUCGUAACGGUUUCACAGAUCAUCUUUUUGCCGCUCUUCAAAGAAAAGGAGUUGUUGCCUUCAGAGAUGACCAAACCAUCGAGAAAGGGGGCUUUUUGGAGUCUGAGCUCUUGCAAGCAAUUGAAGGAUCACGCGUUUUCAUUGUUGUCUUCUCAAAGGACUAUGCAUCAUCCACAUGGUGCAUGAAAGAGCUUACAAAGAUCCUCGAUUUGGUUGAAGAAACAGGUCGAAGUAUGCUCCCUAUUUUCUAUGAUGUCGAUCCUUCUGAGGUCCGAAAACAGAGUAGCGAGUUUGCAAAAGCUUUUGCAGAACACGAAGAAAGGUUCAAAGAUGACUUGGAAAUGGUAGAAAAAUGGAGGGAAGCUCUCAAAGCAAGUUGCGAUCGUUGUGGGUGGGAUGUGCAAAACAAGAAACAAUAUGAAGAAAUUGAAAACGUUGUUGAAAAGGUAAUCGACAUAUUGGGUCGUAAUCAAAUUUGGAGUUUUGGAGAUGAUUUAGUUGACAUGCAUUCUCGUGUUGAAGAAUUGGAAGAACUGCUAGAUCUGAGUGCAAAUGAUAUUGUUCGCAUUGUGGGAAUUUGUGGGAUGGGUGGGAUAGGGAAGACAACAGUUGCAACUUCAUUGUUUAAAAAAAUAUCUCCUCAAUAUAAUUCUUGUUGUUACAUUGAUGAUUUAAACAAAAUUUAUUGCAAUUUUGGAGCAACAAGUGCACAAAAACAACUUCUUUCUCAAGCUCUAAAUGAAAUAAAAAAUAUGGAGAUACAUAAUGUUUUCCAUGGAACUAUGUUGAUAAGAACUAGACUUCGUCAUUUAAAGAUGCUUGUGGUUCUUGAUAAUGUUGAUGAAGUUGAACAAUUAGAGAAAUUGGGUUUGCGUCCAGAAUAUUUAGGUGCAGGGAGUAGACUCGUCAUAAUUUCUAGAGAUCGUCAUAUCUUACAAAAUUAUGGAGUAAAUGAAGUUUACAAUGUUGAAGUCUUGGAUGAAACUCAAGCUCUUCAAUUAUUUUGCAAAAAAGUUUUCAAAUCUCACGAUAUUCCGAAAGAAUACAAGGAGUUGACAUUAGAGGCACUGAAGUAUGCCAAUGGUCUUCCGUUAGCAAUUAAAGUAUUGGGCUCAUUUUUACACGAUCGAGAUGUUAGUGAAUGGAGAAAUGCAUUGGCUAGAAUGAAAGAAAAUCCAAGCAAACAUAUCAUGGAUGUGUUGAGAAUAAGUUAUGAUGCAUUGGAGAAUCUAGAGAAAGAAAUAUUUCUAGAUAUUGCUUGUUUCUUCUCCAAUAGGAAUAACUACUCUUAUGAGACAAGAGUGAAGAGACUUCUAGAGUAUCGCCAAUUUUAUCCUGACAUUGGUAUGAAAGUUUUGAUCGAGAAAUCACUAAUAAGUUGUCAAGAUGGGGAGAUUGAAAUGCAUGACUUGUUGAAAGAGUUGGGUAAGAGUAUCGUCCGAGAAAAAGCACCAAAAGAACCAAGAAAGUGGAACAGGUUAUGGAACUACAAGGAUCUCCAAAAAGUUAUGAAAAUAAAUAAGGAAACCGAAAAUGUUGAAGCUAUAGUUAUUCAUCAGAGCGAAAAAGAGUUUCUAGAAGAUGUGGAUGCACUCUCAAAAAUGAAUCAACUGGAGUUGCUGAUUCUAGAGAAUGUGAACUGUUCUGGAACUCUGGAUUGCAUUUCUAAUGAAUUGAGAUAUCUACAAUGGAAUCACUUUCCUUUGAUGUCUUUGCCAUCAAAUUUCCAUCCAGAUCAACUUGUAGAACUGAUCCUGCCUCAUAGCAAUAUCAAGAAAUUAUGGGAAGGCAAAAAGUUUCUGCCUAAUCUGACAAUGCUGGAUAUGAGUCACUCCAAAUAUCUUAUUGCGGUGCCAGACUUAAGUGAGGUUCCACGUCUUGAGAGUCUUGAUCUUGAAGGAUGUAUACAACUAGUCGAGAUCCAUCCAUCCAUUGGUAUUCUAAGAGAACUUCGAUGUUUGAAUUUGAAAAAUUGUAAAAAUCUUGUCCUUAACCUGAAUAUGCUUUUUGGGAUCAGUUCUCUUUCGGGCUUAUAUCUCUCUGGUUGUUCAAAAUUACUUAAUAGUAAGAUGUUAAUGGAGCCAAGGGACACAAAACAUUUGGAGGAAAUUGUUAAAAUUACAAAUGCCAUUCAAUUCCCAACAUCCUCUGUAUACAAACUUCUAAUGUUGCCUUUCAAUUUUCUCUACCCUCCAAAACCUGAAGAUUCACUUGGUUUGGUAUUGUCUUUGUCUUCUGUCCCAUGUUUGGUUUAUCUUGAUAUAAGCUUCUGCAAUCUACUUCGAAUCCCAGAUGAAAUUGGGAACUUACAUUCUUUAGUAGGACUAAAUCUGGGGGGAAACAAAUUUGUGACACUACCAAGCACCAUCAAGCAACUUUCUAAUCUUGAACGUUUGUACUUGGAAUACUGCAAGCAGCUGAAAUAUUUGCCCGAGCUUCCAACAAUAAAACAAAAAAAUAUUGGCGGAUACUAUGGGUUGGGAUUAUACAUUUUUGAUUGCACCAAGUUAAGUGAUAUGGAACACUGUUAUAGCAUGGUUUUUUCUUGGAUGACGCAAAAUCUUCAGGUUUUCUUCCAACCUACUAUUUCCUCUGCUCGGAUUGAAAUGGAAAUUGUUAUUCCUGGAAGUGAAAUUCCAAAGUGGUUCAAUAAACAAAGUGCAAGUACAUCAAUAAGUAUGGACCCAUCUGAUGUUAUAGAUGACCCAAAUUGGAUAGGUGUUGCCAUUUGUGUUCUAUUUGUCACACUCCAAGAUCCUAUGAAUCUGGGUGAAAGAGAUGAUGAUCAUUUAUCUAAUCUUUGGUUCGGUGUCAAUAAUUCCAAGCGAAGAUGGUAUAUAGGAGUUCCAAUAUAUUUUAAGAAAGAUCUAGUGACAGUUGGAUUAGAUCACUUGGUUACGGUGUUUUACUCUCGACAACAAUUCAUUCAUCUUCUAAGCACACCUCCAAAUACCAUGCAUGAUCUCUAUCAAACUGAAUUUGGAACUUUUAUUCAUCAUCCUAAAGGUUUACGAAUUGUCGUGAAGAAGUGCGGGUAUCGUUGGGUAUUUAAGGAGGAUCUUCAACAAUUCAACUCAAACAUGUUUUUCAGCACAAAUUCCUCAUCUCGAAAGAGGAAACUUCUAACAAGCGAUUAACCAUGGAGAGCCUUCGAAAGCCUUCAGCCUAGAAAUUUCUUCUAAACCAC